AUGGAAAUAGAAAUAGGAAAAGAAGCAAUCAGAAGGAGUACAGAAUAUGCCAAUAAAGGCCUUGGAGCAGUAUCCUUAAAAUCUUUCCGUACUUACUUUGACAUAGACAAUACAUUCGUCUUAAAGAAGCUUGUAUUGAUCUUAUUUCCAUUUCACAACAAAGAGUGGGUAAGUGAGGAUGAAGGGAUGGCAAGACCGGAGCUAUAUGUCCCAAUAAUGAGUUUUAUCUCGUAUGUCCUGAUAAGAGCACUACGUCUUGGAUUUGAAGGUAUGUUUAGCCCGGAAAAGUUAGGAAUUGUGUUUACCAGGUUGUUUUUUCUUGAAGCUAUGUGUGUACUAUUCACAAGAGUUUCUGGAUACUUCUUUGAUGUAACUCUAAGUACGCUUGACGUGGCGGCAUAUAGUGGGUACAAGUAUGUUAUUGCUGUUCUCUUGCAGAUAAACAGAAUGCAAUAUGUAAGAAUUAUCGGAGGAAUGUAUCUUUAUGUAAGCUUCUUUAUAUUUCUGAGUAGAAGCUUGAAGAGACGCGUGAUGGAUAGAGGAGCCGAGAGGAUGAGAAGGGCAUACUACCUCUUUGGAAUAGUUAUUGUCCAAGAGUUUAUUGUAUUUUUGCUAUCUUAA